UUAAACUGAGAACCACAACUCCCAACUAGUUUGCUGCAGUUGCUGCUGCGUCUGCCACUUUCUCUGAGAGUUCCAAAAGUGACACGUUAGUAAAUGACAUCAGUCUCGAUGGAAUGCAGCAGCAUCUUAGAAAUUCCAUAGCGAAGUAGUGUUUAUACCAUCUUUAGAAAAACACGAACACAUGCACCCUAGCUCGGUAAAAGGAGCGUAUUUUCUCAGAGCCUAAAACGGACUGCAAUGAUUGUGCCCAACGUGAGCAUCAGCUGUGGAAGGGCCAACAGCCCGUGGUGCUCGAGUGACAGCAUCAGUAAUUUGGAAGGGACUACUUCAGACAGGACACUGACCCCGACCGGACACCUGGUCGUCGCUGUGUGUCUGGGUUUCAUCGGUGCUUUUGGUUUUUUCAGUAACCUGAUAGUGCUGAUACUUUUCUGUCGCUACAAGAUGCUGCGCUCCCCUAUAAACUGCCUGCUAGUGAGCAUUUCAGUGAGUGAUCUGCUGGUAUGCGUGCUGGGAACUCCGUUCAGCUUCGCGGCCAGCACACAGAGACGAUGGCUCAUCGGACCGGCAGGAUGCGUGUGGUACGGUUUUGUCAACGCUUGCUUAGGCAUCGUGUCUCUCAUCUCCCUGGCUGUACUGUCAUACGAGCGCUACUGCACCAUGACUAGCCCUGCCCAGGCAGAUGCCACCAACUACAGAAAUGUGGGCAUAGGGAUCGCACUCUCUUGGGGCUACUCCAUAGCCUGGACGGUACCCCCGCUUUUCGGUUGGAGCAGGUAUGGCCCCGAGGGUCCUGGGACAACCUGCUCUGUGGACUGGGCCUCCAAAACUUCCAGCAACAUCUCUUACAUACUGUGCCUCUUCACCUUCUGUCUCAUCCUCCCCUUCUUGGUCAUCAUCUUAAGCUAUGGAAAGCUUCUGCAUGGCAUCAAACAGGUGAGCAGAAUCAACACCACCGUCAGCCGCAAGAGGGAGCAGCGCGUGCUCGUCAUGGUGAUCACCAUGGUGACCUGUUUCCUGCUGUGCUGGCUGCCCUAUGGCAUCAUGGCACUCCUGGCCACUUUCGGCCAGCCGGGCCUGGUCACCCCUGAAGCCAGCAUCAUCCCCUCUAUACUGGCCAAGUCCAGCACUGCCAUCAACCCCAUCAUUUACAUCUUCAUGAACAAGCAGUUCUACAGGUGUUUCUGUGCCCUGCUGAAGUGCAAGAUGCCAGAGAGGGGUUCCAGCAUCAAGACCUCGUCCAAGGUCAUAAAGUCUCUCCGAACAGUACGCAGAGCCAAUGGCCACAACAUAACCAUCGCCGUGGCGUCCGUUGGCCAAGGCACUACCUUUGUGCAUGAAAGCGGCCCUCGUCAUGGAGUCUCUUUGGGCGCCGGUACUGCUGGAAACUCACUACCAGUGGCAAGCAGGCCUGUGGUCUCACUUGUGGCCCAUUAUAAUGGCUGAGAGAUGGGUGGAGAGGACGAGGAGUGUCAUAGAAACUUUUGGAAAAGAUCGGCAGAAGAAAAAAUAUCUGUGGAGUCAGUGAAGAUGGAACUUGUAACAUUUGCAGAAGAGGAAGGAAGGUGUGUUUAGAGCCAGUGGGAGACAUUUGACACCACAAGCUGAGCAGAAUGCUGAGGGUUGUGACAGGAUCUAUUUGCAUAUAGACAGACCUUCAGCUGAUGUGAAUUAUAGAGGGAAAGGAAGCAGAAUUAGACAAGAAUGUUUCCUUCUUAAAUAUAUAUUCCUUAAUUAUCUGAUUGCAGUGAUAUUCAUUCACUCAUUUGCAAUGCUGUUAAACCACUUCAGGAUGGACAAGUCUUGUGGAAAGUUCAGCUGAAAGAGAAUGUAUAACUAUAAAUAUGUUUUGUGUUUUUUGUAACAUUAAAAGAAUAUGAAUGUAUUUGAAAUUCAUAUUUGAAAAUGCAAUCAAACUUUGGUUGACAUGAUGAUGUCAAAGAAGUAACAUGAAAGCCAUCUAAAGCUGAAGGUAGCUGAUGUGUAAGCAUAAGUAAAAUCAGGCUUCUGCAGAGUGCACUGUUGUCUCAUCACCAGAGCUGUCUCAUCACCUCAUUCGGUGAAUAAUCAUUGACCUGAAUCACAUACUGUGGUGAUUUAUUGGUGGACGGUGAGUACUUAAUGUUCAUUGCCUUUAUAGUUGGGUCUAAAUCUCUUUUAUUGAUUUAGACAGGAUGUGAUAUUGACUUCUUUGCGGAAUUGAUAAAAUA